CCCUCAGCCCGCCGGCCUCCCGCCCUCGCGGCCCCGAGGCGCGAGACGCGAGCUAGCCGAGUGUCUCCAAGAUGGCCGCGUGGGGAAGGAGGCGUUUGGGCCCGGGCAGCAGCGGCGGCAGCGCCCGAGAGAGGGAAUCAACAGUAUUUGUAAUGAAGAGCAUCAGACUCUGAGCUGUAACUUGAAUUCUUGUCCAGAAUUCGGGCAUACUGGCAGCGAGCACAUCAUACAGAUUGCCACUUGUCCUCCCGGCGUCCUUGAGGCACACUUGCGCAUCUAGGAAAGUACAGAGCAGGUAUCUGUGUGUUCUGUUACCUAUGUGUCAGCUUGGACCAGCUCACAGACACCCCACCUGUCUUACUUGGGCUGCUUGGUGCUGCUCUCUCAGGGUUUCUGAGCAUCUCUGAGUUCUCCGUGAUUGUUGGAAUGGUGACCUUGUCGGCCACAGACUGCUACAUCGUGCAUGAGAUCUACAAUGGUGAGAAUGCCCAGGACCAGUUUGAGUAUGAGCUGGAGCAAGCCCUGGAAGCCCAGUACAAAUACAUUGUCAUCGAGCCCACCCGAAUUGGUGAUGAGACGGCGCGCUGGAUCACUGUGGGCAACUGCCUGCAUAAGACGGCUGUGCUGGCAGGCACUGCCUGCCUCUUCACCCCAUUGGCACUGCCCCUAGAUUAUUCCCACUACAUCUCCCUGCCCGCUGGCGUGCUGAGCUUGGCCUGCUGCACCCUCUAUGGGAUCUCCUGGCAGUUUGAUCCUUGCUGCAAGUACCAAGUGGAGUAUGAUGCCUAUAAACUGUCUCGACUGCCUCUGCACACACUCACCUCCUCUACCCCGGUGGUGCUGGUCCGGAAGGACGACCUGCACAGAAAGAGACUGCACAACACGAUAGCACUGGCUGCCCUGGUGUACUGUGUAAAGAAGAUUUACGAACUCUAUGCUGUAUGACUCCAGUGAACAGGGAGCGGAACAGAACCACACAGCCUGUAAGAGACGAGGACGCAGAGGUUUUUUGCCACAGUGAUACUUUUUGCUCUGUGAGGCAGCGGAGCCUGGGAAGGUGUUUGGUUUAAUAUUUGUUAUUUUUUAAAAAAAGAACACAGAUCAUGGGUGUACCAAGGGUUUUUUCAGCUUAUUACAAAAAUGGAUUUCCAUAACCCUGGAGGGGGUCUGAGGCUAUGGAAGUCUUAACUAGGCAGUGGACUGUGGAUGGAAGCCAACGCUGCUGAGGGGGUGUGAAUGCGCUGGGGGGGGGUGUCUUUAAGUAUAUUGUUUAACUGUACCAUUCAGAGCCAACCAGAAGCUAUUGACCAUUAAAAUUAUGAGAAUUUCAACCCUG